AUGAGACUCACGUUAAUUUUCCUGCUAUGUUCGACAACGUGCCGAGCUGAUGACUUAGCCCAUGCGGCUGGACAGAUCUUCUCGAAUAUCCUUCCAAACAUUCUGACCAAUUCAGUGACGGGCCAGCAAGGAAACACAGCCGGGAACACUAUUCAGCAAAUUGGCACGGUCGUAGGAGGGGUUGUGGGCUAUGCUCAGAAGAAAAGUUACGAGGAUAUGUUACGUCAAGUGCAAGAUUCGACCACCGAUGAGGACAUAUUGAGAUUAAGCGAGGAAAUGUUCAAUGCGGAUAUCAACAACGCUUUCAAUUACAUUCAAGUCAACUUGCAAGGCAAGACAAGUCCUAUGUCCAAAAAUGACGAGGCACAAUCUAAUCUUCUCAACGUACCGGAGAACGUGUGGAAUGGGCCAACUAUUCGACCUUUCGUUGCACUUUUUGACAACUACCAUAAGAAUGUAAUAAGGCCAGAGUUCGUUACACCUAAUGAAGAAUCCGAACAAACAACAUUUAUCAACACUAUCAUGGCUACGGGUCCCAUUAGGAGCUUAAUGGCGUUUUUGGUUAACAAAGGACUUACACAAUUCAACGAAUAUAAUGAACAAGUGGAAUUAUUUAGAAAGAUCUGGUUCACUAAGUACGCACGUCACUGGACCGGCCUUUGUAAAUGCAGUUGCGCCUUUGAGAACAUUUUCAUGGCAGAAUUAAAAUCAAACGAUGUUCUUGGUCUCCAUAGCUGGUUGUUUUUCGCUAAAAGAGAAAUGGAUCACAAAGCCAAUUAUCUCGGAUAUAUUGACAAACUUGAUUUGUCCGGAAAAGGCCUGAUCCUUAAACAGCAUUCGAUACUAAGCGAGACCAAGGACGCCCCCGAGAUCACAAUGUUCGUUGGUACAUCACCAGAGUUAGAGACUGCACUUUACACGCUCUGCUUCAUGGCUCGCCCCGAUAGACCCUGCAGACUGCGGUACAAUAAUGUGCCCUUCACCAUCCAGACAAAGACUUUGAAGUCCGAUAACAUACUUCUAAUCGACACUGCUUACCCAGUCUUUUAA